AUGGCCCCCAAGAAGAAGACCGACAAACCCGCCACCACCGAGAACGUCUCUCUCGGACCUCUGUCCGGAGAUGGCAAGCUCGUUUUCGGUGUUGCCCGCAUUUUCGCUUCCUUCAACGAUACCUUCGUCCACGUUACCGAUCUCAGUGGUCGCGAAACCAUUUGCCGUGUUACGGGCGGUAUGAAGGUCAAGGCUGAUCGUGACGAGUCCUCUCCUUACGCUGCCAUGUUGGCUGCGCAGGAUGUGGCUGCCCGCUGCAAGGAACUCGGCAUUAACGCUCUUCACAUCAAGAUCCGUGCCACUGGAGGUAACGGUACCAAGACUCCCGGCCCUGGUGCUCAGUCCGCUCUCCGUGCUUUGGCUCGUUCCGGAAUGAGAAUUGGCAGAAUUGAGGACGUCACUCCCACCCCCUCCGACUCCACUCGUCGCAAGGGCGGUCGCCGCGGUCGUCGUCUGUGA